AGACAGCCUCAGAGGGGUGUCCAGAACCGGGCAGCAAGGACCAGAAGAAGGUGGACAGAGACCGAAAGGACAAAGCAAAGGAGAGACACACAGAAAAAAAGAGACCGACCCCAAAGGGACAAAGACCCCAACAUUCGUCCACCUCGCCGCAGAGGCAGCUGGAGUCAGUGCUGCCUGUCCAUCCCCAUGGGCCACCGUAGGCCAUGGCUGCACACUUCUGUCCUCUGGGCUGGGGUGGCCAGCCUGCUCCUCCCCCCGGCCAUGACCCAGCAGCUGAGAGGGGCCGGGCUGGGCUUCAGCAACUGGAACAACAACGCCGGAGUCACCGGGCUCUCCCAGGAGGCAUCGGCAGAGCUUGGCCACCACCUCCACAGCCCGAGAGACCAUCCAGAUGAGAACGAGGAUGUUUCCACAGAGAAUGGGCAUCAUUUCUGGAGCCACCCAGACCGUGACAAGGAGGAUGAAGACGUCCCCAAGGAAUAUGGGCACCUACUCCCAGGCCACAGGUCCCAAGACCACGAGGUUGGAGACGAGGAUGUCUCAGGUGAGGAGGUCUUUGCACAGCAUGGUGGUCAGGCCCAUGGGCACAGAGGCCAUGGGAGUGAAGACACGGAAGACUCAGCGGAGCACAGGCACCACCUCCCCAGCCACAGGAGCCACGGCCAUCAAGACGAGGAUGAGGACGAAGUUGUGUCCAGUGAGCAUCGCCAUCAUAUCCUCAGGCAUGGACACCGAGGCCAUGAUGGGGAAGAUGAUGAAGGAGAAGAGGACGAGGAGGAGGAGGAAGAAGAGGAGGUCUCCACUGAGUAUAGGCACCAGGUCCACAGGCACCGAGGCCACGGGAGUGAAGAGGAUGUCUCAGAUGGACACCACCAUCAUGGCCCCAGCCACAGGCACGAAGGCCACGAAGAAGAUGACAAUGAUGAUGAUGAUGAUGUCACCACUGAGUAUGGACACCAGGCCCACAGGCACCGAGGCCACGGGAGAAUUUGA